AGUCGACGCAGUAAAAACCCACCAACUCCCUCUCUCUCUGGCAGGAAAUCAGAAUUUGGGGGAAUAGAAAAAAAUCAAUAAUGGGAAUAAAGAGAGACUACUCACAAUCAGCAACGAGAAAGCUGUUUGGAUGGGUGAGAGGGCAAUCGAAGAAGGUGAAGGUGGGUCUGGGAAUCAUGUUGACGCUGAUUUCAUUGGCGGCCAUGGUUGUGUUGGGGAGAUAUGGAUCGCUCUUAUUUGUUGCAGCUGAGUCCGUGCAUGCUGUUGGGAUCUUGGUCCUUGCUUACAAGCUUAUCAAACACAAGUCCUGCUCUGGUCUUUCGUUGAAAAGCCAAGAACUCACAGCGAUAUUCUUAACUGCAAGAUUGGUCUCUAGUUUCACGACGGAGGCAAACAUACACACUGCACUGGAUAUUGCCUCCUUAUUAUCAACUGCCUGGAUUAUAUACAUGAUGAGGUUCAGGUUGAAGGCAACCUACAUGAAGAAGCAGGAUACAGUUGCCUUAUACUAUACGGUAGCGCCCUCAAUUAUCCUCGCAAUUCUUAUCCAUCCUCACGCCUUCCAUUACAGUUUCUUUUCAAUGCUUUGGGCAUUUUGUGUAUACAUGGAGACUGUGUCAGUGCUGCCACAGCUUCGUAUGAUACAGAAUGCAAAGAUGAUUGAACCAUUUACGGCACAUUAUGUAUUUGCCUUGGGUGUGGCAAGAUUCCUGUCUUUUGCUAAUUGGAUCUACCGGAUUUAUAUGACUCGCGGGGCAUAUUUUUUCUUGAUCGGAUAUGGAUAUUUGUGGUUACCCACUGCCAUUCUCGCAGAAUUUGUCCAAACAUUCAUUUUGGCAGAUUUCUGUUAUUAUUACAUCAAGAGUUACAUGGAGGGCCAAAUUGUGAUGAUGAUGCCUGUUUAGA